CAGAGAAGGGCCGGUGGAGGGAGGGAAGGCUGCCUCAUGCCGCGGGGCUUUACAGGGACCUGAAAACGAGAAAUUAAAAUAAAGAUCUGCCUGUUUUGGAAGGAGGAAUUUUACGAGAACAAAAUGCAUCGUUUCUGCGCCUGGAUGCUGAUGGCGACUGUGCAGGUUGCUGCUGUGGGUGGAGAGGCCGAGCAGUCGCCGUCCGGCAAGCAGGGGUCGUUGCCAUGCACAAGGGGGUUUACGCAGGAGGAAUACAUCAUCAAAAUGGACCCAGAGCUGGCGAAGGGACAGGCUGUCUUCAACGUGAGUUUCCGGGACUGCGGUGGGGGGAAGGUCUGGUUCCAGGUUGGAGAUAAACAUGAUUUCAGUGUGAGUGACGAAGGUGUGGUCUAUGCCCUGCGCCACCUGAACCUGGUGGGAAAAGAAAAGGCUGCGUUGGUGGUCUAUGCUCGGGACAUUCAGUCUAAACAGGUCUGGAAGGCCAGAGUGCAUCUCCAUGUUCAUCCAGCCAGCAGCACCCAACUGGAGGUAAAGCCCAGUGAUGCAACACUGACUCAGCAGGUACCAGAGAUCUUGUUUCCAUGGCGCAGCGUGGUUGUCAGAGGCGAUGGUACUCUGAGGCGGGUGAAGAGGGACUGGGUCAUUCCGCCUAUCAACGUCCCCGAGAACUCGCGAGGACAGUUCCCUGAGGACCUAGUCAGAAUCCGCUCAGACCGGGAUAAGAACCGGAUGCUGCGCUACAGCGUGACGGGCCCCGGGGCCGACCAGCCUCCGACUGGAAUCUUCAUCAUCAACCCGAUCUCAGGCCAGCUGUCGGUCACCAAGCCUCUGGACAGAGAGCACAUCUCCAAUUUCCACCUGCGAGCCCAUGCAGUGGACCUGAAUGGGAAUCAGGUGGAGAACCCCAUCGACAUCGUCAUUAAUGUCAUCGACCAGAAUGACAACAGACCGGAGUUCACUCACAGCAUCUUUAACGGCUCCGUCCCCGAGGGAUCCAAGCCUGGAUCUUUUGUGAUGACGGUGACAGCAGUGGACAAGGAUGAUCCAAAAACUGCCAACGGGAUGCUGAGAUAUAAAAUCCUCUCCCAGAAUCCCCAGAGCCCCUCCUCCAACAUGUUUACCAUUAACAACAAGACUGGUGACAUCAUCACUGUGGCAGCAGGCCUUGAUCGGGAGAAAGUCACUCAGUACACCCUGAUCAUCCAGGCUACAGAUAUGGAGGGGAAUCCCACGUACGGCCUUUCCAACACCGCCACCACCAUCAUCAGGAUCACCGAUGUCAACGACAAUCCUCCUGAAUUCACCACAGAGACAUUCUUCGGGGAGGUUCACGAGAACAGGGUGAACGUGAUUGUGGCUAACCUGACUGUGACAGACAAAGACCAGCCUCACACCCCGGCCUGGGGCACCGUGUACCGCAUCAUCGCCGGUGACCCCACAGGACGCUUCUCCAUCCCAACUGACCCCACCACCAACGAGGGUCUGCUCACUGUGGUCAAGCCCGUAGAUUAUGAGAGCACCCGUUCCUUCAUGCUGACUGUGGAGGCAGAGAACGAGGUCCCGCUGGUCCGCGGCAUCCACCUGCCUCGUCAGUCCACCGCAACUGUCUCCGUACGAAUCCUGGACAUCAACGAGAGUCCGGAGUUUCGCCCAAACCCGAAAGCCAUCAGACUGGAGGAGGGCCUGUCCGCCGGGUCUUUGCUCACCACUUUCACCGCGCAGGAUCCCGACCGCUACAUGAGGCAAACUGUCCGGUACUCCAAGAUGUACGACCCUGCCAACUGGCUGGAGAUUGACCCGCUUAACGGACAGAUUUCUACCAUCGCCAUUCUCGACCGAGAGUCUCCAUAUAUCAAGAACAACUACUACAAUGUUACCUUCAUGGCAUCUGAUAACGGUAUCCCCCCUGCCAGCGGGACAGGCACUCUUCAGAUUUACCUGCUAGAUAUAAAUGACAAUGCACCCCACGUGUUCCCCCCUGAGGUGGAAAUGUGUGAGAAGCCAGACCCCAACGCUAUUAACCUCACAGCCAGUGACCCUGACCUGAGUCCUAACGCCGGACCCUUCGCCUUCGAGCUGGCUAAUCGUCCUGCGGACGUACGCCGCAACUGGACUCUCCAUCGCCUAAAUGGUGAGUACGCCCAGCUUCGACUGCGGAUCGGCUCACUGGCCAGUGGGCUCUAUGAGAUUCCCAUCACAAUAACAGACUCUGGCAACUUGCCCAUGUCCAACACGUCCUACCUGAGGGUCAAGGUCUGCCAGUGCGAUCACCAUGGAGACUGCGUGGACAUGGAGCGAAUCAUCGCAGCUGGACUGGGCACCGGAGCAAUCAUCGCCAUCCUCAUCUGCAUCAUCAUACUAUUAGUGCUGGUGCUGCUGUUUGUGAUGUGGAUGAAGAGGAGGGAUAAGGAGCGUCAGGCCAAGCAGCUUCUCAUCGACCCGGAGGAUGAUGUCCGAGACAACAUCCUCAAAUACGAUGAGGAGGGAGGCGGAGAGGAGGACCAGGACUACGACCUGAGCCAGCUGCAGCAGCCUGAUGCCCUGGAGCCAGAGUGUGUCAAAGUGGGGAUCAGACGUCUGGAUGAGAGGCCCCUCCAUCAUGACCACCAAUACCCUCUCCGCUCUGCGGCCCCCCACCCAGGAGACAUAGGCGACUUCAUCCAUGAGGGCCUGAAGGCAGCAGACAAUGACCCCACCGCCCCCCCCUACGAUUCCCUGUUGGUGUUUGACUACGAAGGCAGUGGCUCCACCGCCGGCUCCCUCAGCUCCCUGCACUCCUCCUCGAGCUGCGGAGACCAGGAUUACGACUACUUGGGCGACUGGGGGCCACGCUUCCGCAAGCUGGCUGACCUGUACGGCGGAGGGGAUGAUUAGCACGCCCAGCUCCCCAUUAACAACGGCCACUCUCCCCCCACCCUUGCUCCAGAGCUCAGGUGGUGGGCGGAGUAAAGAAAGAUAUGAUAUGGGGUAAACACGGGGUUUGGAUCUGCACUUCUGUAUUUCUGCGAGACAGCUUGUAACGAGACUUGCUGCCUCUUAAGGACAGUUUGAUGGCACUAGGGGCCAUGCUGACUCCUGGCCUUGCGAGGCCUGGCACUGGCUAGCAUUCAGGCUAAUUGACAUGAUCUGAGCGUUAGCCUCUGUGCUAACAAAUGCGAGCAGCCAGAACAAUGCUCUCAGCGAGGAUGUUGUCUUUGUGAUGGUUGAGAGCUUCGACAGCCAUGCUACAGACGUUCAUUUACACUUGAAUCUUACAGUACAGCAGCACUGGGGUCAAAUGUGCCUUUUGUACAUUCUUUUGAUUGUGUUCAGUCUUGAUUCUGUAUGUUGCUUUAAAUCUCCCGGUGUUUUGCAGCAGCAACUGCGCCAUGUUAAUGAGAGCAUGUGUGUAUGUUUGGGUUCCACCUCAUAACUUGUAUGUAUGUGCGAGCAAGUGUAAAUCAUUUUCAUAGAGACACACUGGAUGGAUACUCUAAAGGGCAAAGCCUACUAUGAGAUGCCUUGGAUGAUCCUACCAGCAAAAAGAUGGCUUUAGUGUGCAGCUCUGGGCCUAAUAAGACCCACAGAAUCAAAAAUCUAAACCUGGAUUUGAUGUGACAUUUUGUCUUGUAUUGCUACUUAAAAUUGCAGCUAUGGUCAUACCGCAUGUGUACUGUAUGUGUUGUGUGGUGGCUGUGUUUUUUUUGAAGCACAUCCUUUUCACUACAGUGCUCGGGUAUUAAUGUGACCGUCUGCGUCAACAAAGCUGACCGAAGUUUUCAUUUCCUCGGUGCUCUGCCGCACUGAUUUCCCCCUGCAAACGCCGAUCAUUCAGCAUCAGCCCCCGCUCAAAGCUUUGAGUAAAUAGCUACAGAGAACAGCUGCCUCCUCCGGCUUUCAACACUCGUAGAUGGUCGAGAACAUUUAGUGCUCCAAAAUGAAUUUAAACAAGUGUUUGGGAAUCUGUGAGGUUUGUGCAAACACAAAAUGUCAUUUGUGGUGCAGUUAAACUGUUGUGGUUAUGUCCUUGCUGUGCUUUCACAAAAGGGAAUCUAAAAUGGGAUGCAGUUUAGCUUGUUUGCAAGAUGACAAAACACUGAAGCAAAGCAGUGAAAAGCAAGUAGAUAAAAUAUAAUUUCCAUUUGAGUGUUUGUGCAGAUGAAAAAACAAAGCAUCAAGGCCACAAACAAAAGAGCCUGAAUCUAAAAACAUUUCUGUUUUUUUUUUUUGUUUGCAGAGCCACAGAUAGAGGAAGUGACAGAUAAAAUUAAAAUUCCCAUCAUAAAAGAAAUGGAUCGGGUAAUGAAAUAUUUAAUGAAUAUGACAGAGAUGGCAGCAGUGAGUUUGUGUCUGGUCUAGGUUGAGCAGACAUGCUCUGGAUGGAGCCUUUAUUUACAGGUGAAAAUUUAUAUUUGAUGAAUAGGUUGUGAACAGAAUACAAAGAGACUGCUGACUAAUAUUCAGGCCUUGCCUUGUUGCUCAUUUUCUCUGUAAAGUCUAAAGGAAAGAUGGUAAUUAAAGUGUUUUUAUAUUUCUUAUAGCAGUAGAACAGAUGGAUGUGCAUGGUCCAUUUGUACAAAAAGAAAUGUUAAGGUGCAGGAAACCCAGUGAUGGGUUUCCACAGGCAUGUGGACAAAAAUGUCUUCUUUACCAUCUAGGUUGUUUAGUCCCUCAGAGGCUGCAGAAGUAAAGUGUUUCGCCUCGUGCAAAGCUAAAAAAUACUUUCCCAUAACAACCAACAGAAGAAAGACGAGGACAGCAACAUGUUUUCAAAACUGAAGUGGAGGUUCUGUGAUUUCACUCGCCUAUUUUUCCUCUCUGAGCUGAAUCAUACAGCUGCCCACAAAUGGCCACUAUGAGCUUGUCUCCCUCUAUGAGAGAAUUUCAACUGGUUUAUAUUUUUUUUACAAUGUUCAAAUAUUUUCAGACAUGUUUUAGUCUCUUUUCACGCUGUGUGGUCGCAGUACAGGCAGAUCAGCUGAUACCCUUCUACCCAUGCAGUUAGUAAAUGUGGGCUAGUUAAGCUGUUAUAGUCUGCCCACAGUUGCCAUGCUUAUGCAAGCCACUUUGCAGUCCACCUUCUGAGUGUCAUGUCUGUCAUUUUUGACGCCUGCUUUCCCUGUAAGUAGAAGAACAAAAGGGCCCAAGAAUAAAUCCAAAGUAAAAAUGAGUGCAGAUGGAAAUAAUCUUCUUUUAACUUUAAUGGACCUAACUGAACUCCAUUCAUCCAUCAGUUUUCUUAACCACUUCGGGUCUCAGGGGAGGCUCCCUAUCCUAGCUAUCAUAGGGAGAGAGGGGGGAGACCUCCAGACAUGUCGCCAGCCUCACUCACUCUCAUAUCCACAUAUUGCGAAUUUAGAAUCACCGAAUAACCUAACGUGCAUAUCUCUGGACUGUGAGAGGAAACUGGAGAACCCAGAGGAAACCCACACAGGCACAGGAAGAGCGUGCAUGCUGGAUAAAGAAGAGCCUCGGCCCCAGUUAACUCCAUUAAUAGAAAUCCCUUGUGCAUAAUUUGUCUACAUAUGUGCAUUUCAGUCCACAGUCUGUUACUCACACACUUUGCUUUCAGGCUUUUCGGAUGAUCAAAAUGAUUUUCCGUGACGGCACACAGCAUUCUCCUUUAGCAUCCAUGGUCAUUCUUGGCUGAUUGAUGAUUGAUGUCCCUGGGACCCUUUUUUGAUUUCACUCAUCAGGACGUUUUUUUUUUUUUGCCUCAGUGGCUGAACCAUUAUAAAUGACUCUGGGGAUUCAUCAAACAGUUAACUAAACAUUUGUAUAGGCUUGAGUGACAUUGCCUGUUAGCAAUGUGAAGGCUACAAACAACCAAUAAUGCAGUAGUUUUCUCAUGCAGUCUGAAGCUUUCUCCAUUCAGUGACAUCAUGUUCAGCUGCAGACAUCAGUGUCUUCUCAACUUUAAUAAGCAGUUUUAUUUUAUACAUUUUAAACCUAAUUUCCAGAUGAAGUAUUAUCACAUAUUUUAAUUCAUUUGUUUGAUGAUUUAGCGUUUCCUGCACCUGUAAAAUUGAGUUGACCGAAGCACCAAGCACCAUGCUCAGGACCAGUUUUCCAUCUUGGUGAAGCUGUGUGAGUGUUGUUGUGUAGAACAAUUGCUGGUCAGACCCAGAGCUGCACAAAAGAGCUGCAUAUUUUUUGCCUGUCUGGUUUUCCAAAGCUGGUGAGAAAGACAUGUACAGUAAUGUUAGACUUUAGAUAGAUACCUUCUGUUGUUUUUUUUGUUUUGCUUUUAUCACAAUAUAAUGUAUGCAGCUGAUUGCUAAUAAAGGGAGUCAUCAGUCCUUGUUUUGUAGCAAAGAUACUUCUUGAUACUCUGCUGUGGUGGAUUAAAUACAAAAAGGCAAUGUUUCUUCUGUCUGCUGAUGAUUUGCCUUAGUGUUCUCUGGUACUCUUCAACUGGCUACUCACUGUAAACUGAAAUAUGUACAGAUUGUAUUUUUUCUCUUGUUGUUCUUUUGGCUGUGGUCUCUGAAAAUGACAUGCUAAUAUCUUGAAUCCUUGUAUAUGUGUAAUUUGGAUUACAAAUUAAAACGUUUUUGCAUG